AUGGGAGCGCACACCUCCUUCACCCUCAUUCUGAAUGUAGGACUGAUCGACAACAACAAUGAAUCAGCCUACAGAGAGGAGGUUCAGCAUCUGAAGCAAUGGUGUGAAAAAAACAACCUGCGUCUGAACACAGCCAAGACCAAGGAGAUGGUAAUCUACUUCAGAAGAACAAAGCGAUCUGAGCACUCUACCCUCUACAUUGAUGGGGAGGAGGUAGAAAGGGUAGAAAGCUUUAAAUUCCUCGGAGUCCACAUCUCGGCUAACCUUGCCUGGUCCACAAACAUUUCCCACCAGGUAGGGAAAGCACAACAAAGGCUGUACUUUCUCAGGAAACUGCGUCAGUCCCAGUUACCCCAGACACUGCUAGUAAACUUCUACCGCUCCACCAUCGAGAGCCUUCUGACUUACUGCUGCACACUCUGGUUCAAUUGCUGCACCGCGGAGGACAAGAGGAAACUGCAGUGGAUGGUGAGGGCAGCAAAGCGGGCAAUUGGCACCUCACUAACCCCCCUCAGAGACAUUUAUACUGGCAGACUUCAGCAGAAAGUCAGCAUCAUCAUCAAAGACCCCUCGCACCCUGGACACUCACUUUCCCCCCCCUUCCCUCUGUGCCACCUGUUGUUCGAUUCGCUGCAGGACCUGGUGGAUCACAUCAACGACUUCCAUGUCAAGCCUGAAAAGGAUUCUGGAUACUGCUGCCGAUGGGAAGGCUGUGCUCAAAAUGGGAGGUAUAAAAUGCUGAUUCAUAUCCGCACACUUACCAGUGAAAAGCCACACCAUUGUCCCACCUGUAACAAGAGCUUCUCAUGUCUGGAGAACCUGAAGAUACACACACUUACUUGCACAGGGGAAAAGCCCUACAUCUGCCCCUAUGAAGGCUGCAGCAAGCGCUACUCCAACUCUAGUGACCGCUUCAAGCACACUCGCACCCACUACGUGGACAAGCCUUACUACUGCAAGAUGGCAGGCUGCCUGAAGCGCUACACAGACCCCAGCUCCCUACGCAAGCACAUCAAGGCUCACGGGCACUUUGUUGCCCAGGAGCCAGGAAGUUCAAGCAGGUCAGGGACAGGGCUGGGCCUUCCUACCCACCAGAGUGCCACUGAACAGCCCUCUGUAGGCGGGGCUCCUGUCAUCAUCCCUGGGGCUGCUGCAGCCCUUCUUGGGGGCCUUGGGACCUCCUUGCAACUCUCUGCUUUCUGCCAUGCCAGAGCUCUAGGCCACCACCGGGCACCGCUCUUUUCCAUGGGUGGAGGAGGAGGAAGCAUGGGAUCGCUCAGCCUUUCAGACUCCCCACUGUUGCGCUUUGGACUUUCAGCUGCGUCUAUGUUUGGGUUGGGGGCUUUGGGAGGUCUGGGGCAGGUGGCAAGAAGGGAGCCAGAGGACGGGGAGGAAUCAGAGGAAGGAGAGGACGGGGAAGUGCUGAACCUCUCUGCAGGCGUUGGGGUGAGACGAAGUGACGCUUUGUCCUGGGUGGUGGUUCCAUCAAGGGCGCUACUCCUCAAACCAGCUGUUGUUAAUUAA